CUUGUGCGGUUGCCACAAACCCAACGUAGAAUGUCGUAAAACGUGGAGUCGGCAGAGAAGUGAAGUGCUAGUUCUAUUGAUAUGCAAACCGUGGUAGAUUUCGCAGUUGGAAAUAGGUAGUGAUGUUUCAUUGGCUACUUUUUGACCCCAGUCGGCAUGUUUUAAAACUACAAUGGACGCAGCGAGGACACAGAAAAUGAGCUGAUCUCCAGCAAAACCACCUCGAAAAUGGCUGCAUACACCGCUGAAGUGGCUGCAGGUCAUUCUGUGGUGGUGGAGGUGAGCCCAGAUAUCCACAUCUGUGGCUCCUGCAAAAAGCAGUACAAUAAUUAUAAGGUCUUUCUCGCCCAUAAGCAAAAUGAAUGUUUCCUGUCCACACCUGACACCCCAACCACUACUGCCACAUCCACUCUCACAGACUCCAGCACUGAGUUUAUUUUUGAGGAGACCUACCAGACCUGUGUUGUGAGAGGUGUCAAAAAGAUGACCAAAGCCCCAAAGACACCUUCCAAAAAACUAAAACCUGCCCUGACUUCAAAGAGACACAGCUGCUGUUUCUCAGGUUGCACUUUCAAGACACAGUAUGGCCAAAAAGACAUGGAGCGACAUCUUAAAACUCACACCGGUGAGAAGCCAUUUGAAUGUGAACUGUGCCACAAACGCUUCAGUCGGCGGGACAAGCUGAACAUGCACAGCCGCUCGCACACAGGUGAGAAGCCACACAAAUGUAAACACUGUCCCUAUGCAGCAGCAGACAGCAGCAGCCUGAAGAAGCACCUGCGUAUCCACUAUGAUGAACGGCCAUUCAAAUGCCAGAUCUGUCCUUACGCCAGCCGCAACUCCAGCCAACUUACCGUGCAUCUCCGCUCUCACACAGGGGAUGCACCUUUUCAGUGCCAACAAUGCGAUGCAAAGUUCAAAAUAAACUCAGACCUGAAGAGGCACAUCCGGAUUCACUCCGGCGAAAAGCCUUACAAAUGUGACUUUUGUGAGUACUGCUGCGCCAUGAAAGGAAACCUGAAAUCGCACAUUCAGAUCAAACAUGGUACGGAGAACUCCUUUCAGUGCGUGCACUGUGAUUUCAAGUGUGCCAACAAGACUGCUCUGCGACAACACUUGAGAGAACACCAACCCACUCAGCCCAUUCAGUGUUCCAAGUGCACUUACUCCUGCUCCAGCAAGGGGGCGCUCAAGGUCCACGAGCGGAUCCACUCUGAAGACCGCCCUUUCAAAUGUGACUUCUGCAACUUUGCCUCUAAGCAGCGCAGCAAUCUUGUCAUUCACAAGAAGAAGUGUCAGUCGGAUAAGCUUGAAAAAGGCAGCGGUGGGAAAGGAGGCAGAGGUGGAGGCAAAAAUUUAGGCACCGACUCUCCGAAGCCUGUCAGCUCUCGGUAUCGAGCCAAACUAGAUGCAGCUCGAGCCUUUUGCUGCGACUCGUGUGACGCUUCGUUUGUGAGGGAGGACUCCCUGCGGAGUCACAAAAAGCAGCAUCGGGACACUCAGAGUGUGUUGCAACUCCAGCUCUCUACCCCAGCAGAAGCAGUUAACUUGGUUCCCGUUACCAUGUCACAAACCAGCUCUGAGCUCGAAGUUCCUAUCCCGUGUAACCCAAUGCCUCCUUAUAGUAAUACACAGCUUAAAAUCAUUGUAGCUCACCCGUUAGGCCAGGAUAACCCCUUGCUCUCAACUGGUGGGGAUGGCCAGAAUAAGAGCAACAUGGUCUUGCUUAGCCCAGAAAACCAGGACAUGGUAGUUAACUCCAUGAUCCAGCAGGUCAACCUGCUGGCGCCUGUACAACCACUCGGUUCAUCCCAAACCACAGAAGCCAUUCUUGAACCCCAGACUGUCCUCCUGACUCAACUCAGCACCGACGAUGCCAGCAACCCGCUCCACCAGGCCCUGAUGCAAACGGCCAUAACCGCUCAGGACUCGAGCAGCAGCACACAGACGUUCAUCACCACCUGCUCUGAACUGGAGGGGCUCAAUGCUUUGAUCCAGGAAGGUGGCACAGAGAUUACAGUGGUUACGGAAGGAAACUCUGCUUUGGUGACCACAGCACCUCUGCCUGAUGUGGACAUGUCCAAGCCAGCAGAGAUGGUGACGGUUGAGGAGAGUGCCUUACCCUGUGAGGAAAGUGCAUUACUGGUGCCAAACAUCAGCCUGGGCAGCCAGAAUGUGGUCAUCCACGGCGUUCCACUUAUAGUGUCUCCUCAGCAGAGCACGGUGGAUCAGCUCUCCCCUCAUGCACUCUAUUCCAAUUCACACACACUCGAAAGCAUCCCACAGUGAACAGCGUUGUGUGUUUCUGAAAGUUAAAAGACAGUAACUGCAUCAUAAGCUAUUUCUCUGCUGAUAGUAACUUGUAGAUCUAACGGUAACCACUAAAAUAGCAAGACUGUUGGCUUUGGAGGUGUCGUUUGUUUAGUCUUAACAUUUUAGAAUAAAACAUCAAUUUUAACAUUGUUUCAUGCACUGUAUUUUCAAGUGUUAUAUUUGCAGGCAUCAAAAAUAAAAUUGAAAUUAAACCAUAUUUCAGUUACAAUAU